UGUUUUAUCAGUUAUUAGUACUGAAUUAAUAGCAUAUGGCUGCUCUAAUCACUAAGUUAUUCUUCAUUUUUUUCUUUUUUCUAGUGUUUGUCCCUAUUUUUGCUCAUAACAAUAAACUCAUUAGCUGUGAAAGCAACUCUGUUGAAUCAGUAAACUAUGAAUGUAAUCACAAUGCGGCCGAAAAUCAGUGUAGUACUUAUGCUGUUCUUCAUACAAAUCUUUACUAUUCUUCUUUGUAUAAUCUUACAUACUACUUGGGAUUGAACAGAUUCACAGUUGCAGAAGUGAAUGGCUUUUCUCCUAAUACUGAGUAUCUUUCGAAAAAUCAGCCUCUGCUGAUUCCUGUCAGCUGCAAGUGUGUCGAAAAAAGCAGAGUUUUUCAAGCAGAACUGAUAAAAACAACUGCUGUUGGUGAGAGUUUUGAAGGGAUUGCUGAUUCUUUGGAAGGGCUAACUACUUGUAAAGCUAUUCGAGAGAAGAAUGCAGGUAUCGCGCCAUGGAAUCUGUUGGAGAAGAUCAAAAUAUCGGUGCCUGUACGAUGUGCCUGUCCUACGAGUUCUGAGAUCAGUUCAGGUAUCAGACUGUUGGUUUCGUAUUCUGUCAGUGCAGGAGAUACUUUGUCUUCCUUGGCCUUACAGUUCAAUACCACUGCUAAAGCAAUAAUCAGCGCUAAUAAGAGACUGAAAGGAGGUAAAGGUGAUUUAGUUCUCAAAGAUCAUUCACUGUCAGUUCUGAUUCCACUGAAUCAGAAACCUACUCUAGGAUCUCUUGCGAAACCAAAAGAGCCGAGUUUGGGAUUGCCAUCAAAGAUGAGUGGCAAGGCCGCCAUUGCUCGAAAGAAGAAAAAGAGAAUGAUGAAGUUAGGAGUUUCUGUUGGUGUAGUCUGCUUUGUUGUAGUUGCUAGCAUUGCGGGUUUUGCAGUAUUCUUCUUACUACAGAGGAAGAAAAAAGAGCAGCAAAACUGUCUGUCGGCAAAAAUUGUAGAUACUGAACUGCAGCAGCUGAGUUUAAGCAUACGAACAACAAGCGAAAAGAAGAUCUCUUUCGAGGGGUCUCAGAGUACUCUGGAUGGUCAAGGUGAAGCAACCCCGCGAAGCAAUAGCAAGAUGAUGUUGGAGAGUUAUACAGUCGAGGAGCUACGAAAGGCAACUGAGGAUUUUGACAGCCAUAACAUCGUUGAAGGAAAGGUAUAUCAUGGGCGAAUCAAAGGUAAGGAUUUGGCAAUAAAGUAUACCACAUUGGAAUACAUUUCCAAAGUAGAUUUAAGCCUUUUUCAAGAUGCAAUUCAUAAUCAUCCUAACAUAAUGAGGGUGUUAGGGACUUGUAUAAUGGAUGAAGAUGAUUCAUAUUUGGUAUUCGAGUAUGCCAAAAACGGGUCGUUAAAGGAUUGGAUUCAUAGUGGAUUAGCCAUGAAAAGCCAAUUUAUAGCCUCUUGUUCUUGCUUCCUAACUUGGAAGCAGAGGCUUAGGAUUUGCUUAGAUGUUGCCUUGGCAUUGCAAUAUAUGCACCAUAUAAUGCACCCGACUUAUGUCCAUCGAAACAUAAAGAGCAAAAACAUUUUCCUAGACGAAGAAUUCAACACAAAACUAGGGAAUUUCGGGAUGGAAAAAUGUGUUGAGAAUGAUACAGAAGACGUAGAGUUUUCCUCUAGAAACCCUUCGUCGUGGGACAAAGGGUACUUAGCUCCGGAGUACAUUAAGCAAGGUAUUAUUUCUCCGAGCAUUGAUGUCUAUGCUUAUGGCGUGGUUUUGUUAGAAAUGUUAUCAGGGGAAACCCCGGUAAUGAGUCCUCAAGAAGGAGAAAUUGUUAUGCUAUCCGAAAAAAUUAAGUCCAUACUCCAAUCCGAGAAUGUGGAUCAAUUAAGGGGUUGGAUAGACGCGGACUUAGGAGAGAACUACUCGUUUGAUGGUGCAAUUGCGAUGGCAACCCUAGCAAGGGCAUGCAUCGAUGAAGACCCUACGAUGAGGCCGAGUGCUGGGGAACUAGUAGAGAAAUUGUCAAGACUAAUUGAAGAGUCACCUGAAGGAGAACAAACAUGUUUAGUCAAUGAAAGUUCCUCAAAGCCUUUGGUUCAAUCAGCUGCAACCAAUAGUAGUAAUAGUGACAUCUAAUAUGGUAUACAUAACAUAUUAGAUAAAACUUAUGUUAGUAUGUAUCAUAUAUUCAUAUAUUACUAAGUUUUGGCAUAUAAUUGUAGCUGCAUAAAUUUAUAAUAUAAAGUUUUUUUUUUUUUUUUUUUUAUGUACAAAGUAACUUUAAUCUUGGGGAAAAGGGUUAUUAAAUAAAAUAAAUAAACACUCUGUUAGUCUGUUAUAUCAGUUGUUGUUACUGUAGUUUUUGUUCCCUUGAAAUGGUUAUAAUAAUAGUGUGAUAAAAUAAAGCUGUGUGCUCUCUAAAAAGUCUGGAUUUCUACUCAUUGAGGAAUUCUGAUUAACAAAAGUUAAGGUAAAUUAGUCUUCCUAGAAAUUUGUGCAUUUUGACUACUUAGUCAACAUCACUUGAAAACUGUAAUUUUUACCCCUCAGUAAAAAUAAUUUGAUGCAGAUUUUAUAGACACAAUAGAAGUAAAUUUAAUAAUUUUUGUGUUAUGUGGUCUUAUGUCUACAUAAAUGCUACUAAUUCAAACUAGGCAAUAUAUUAAUCAUAGCUUAUAGUUAGUUAGAUUCUACUCCAGCAAAAAUAAAGCAAAAAAUAAGGUUUGUUUAUGUAAUAAUUGAU